AAACAAACAUUUUUAAUUGUAUUCAUUUACCAAUCCAUUAUCAACAAUAUUUAUGUUAAAAAUUCCAAUCUCUUUUAACAAAUGUUCGGUUCUAUAGCAUUAUAUUAUAAUUAUGAUGAAUCCAGUGAAAGUGACGCUGAAGAGACUGUCGAAAAUAUACAGCCUCCAAUAGUUGUUCCUAAUGAAACAAAUAUCAAUCCUAUAGAUUCGUUGGUAGUUCAAGAAAAUACCUGCGACAAUAAGAAGAAUGAUUAUAAACGUUUAUAUUUAAGAACCUUACGAGAUGCUUCAAAUGUCCUGGACUUUUCGGAAGAACGAUUUAUUAACGCUUUUCGUAUCAACAAAGAAGUAUUCGCUAUGCUACUAGAUGAAAUAACACCAAACAUGAAAGUUACCUAUCGAUGUACACACAUUCCAAGAUCUAUUAAAUUGGCGAAGUUUUUAGCAUUUCUUGGCAAUGGUAGUCUAAAGUCUGGUGAACACGAGACACCUAUGUCAAAGUCUCAAAUGUCUAAAAUAAUAAAUGAAAUGUUGGAUGUUUUUCAUGAUUAUUUAUUAUCAAAAUGGGUCAAAUUGGAACGAUCACAGAAGGAGGAAAGCUUAACAAAAGAACAUUAUUAUAAUCGUUUGGGUAUACCGGGUGUUGUGGGAUGUGUUGAGAACACACAUAUACGUAUUAAGACACCCGAUAAAGAGGUAAAACAUCUUUACAACAAUGUUAAAGGUGUUCCUAGUUUAAAUGUAAUGGUGAUAUGUGAUCAUAAUAUGGUUAUAACACAUGUAGAUGCUAGUCAACCGGGUAGCUAUCAAGAGGACUAUGUUUGGGGUCAAAGUUCUGCCGAUAGUUAUUUUAAAUCUAAAUAUUUAGACGGUGAAAGCAAUACUUGGGUUCUUGGUGAUUCUGCUUAUAGACCUCAACCAUAUCUGCUAACCCCCUAUAGAAAUCCCCUAGAUUCCAGUCAAAUAUUGUUUAACGAAAAACAUAACCAAAUAAGAAAUACUAUAAGCAAAUGUUUAAAAGUUUUAAAAAAACGUUUUGGUUGCCUCAUUACUACCAAUGGUUUACAAUAUACUCCGGAAAAAGCUAUAAAAAUUGUAAACUCUUGCUGUAUCCUGCAUAAUAUAUGUAUUGCAUAUAAGAAUGAUUGGCUCCCCGGUGAUACAAGUUUGGAAAAUGAUAUUGUAAAUGAUGAAGAUGAAGAGGAGACAACUGAAAUAUGGCAUGAAGAGUGUUUAGAGUCUAGUUCAAUAAGAGAUCAAAUAGCCAAUAUGUUACCACAAUGGGUACCGAAGGAAACCACUCCACAACUGAUACUAGAAGAUUGUUGCACGAACAAUAACAAUGAUAUACGUUUAAAUCUUAGAAAUCUGCGAGAUGCUACAAAUAUUAUGGAGUUACCAGAAGAACGUUUCAUUAGAAGUUUUCACAUAAAUAAAGAGGUAUUUUCUGUGCUACUAGAAGAAAUAAAAGAUAAAAUGAAAGCAACCUAUAGAAGUACCCACACUCCUACACCCAUUAAACUAGCCACAUUUUUAGCAUUUAUUGCUACCGGUUUCCAAAAGUCAACUGAUACCACAGAAUUGGCCUCUAAAGCUCAAGUUUCUAGAAUAAUAUGUGAAAUGCUUGACAUAUUUGAAGAACAUUUAUUUUCCAAAUGGAUAAAAUUUCAGCAAAGUGAAGAGGAUGAAAACAAAACAAAAGACUAUUAUUACAAUAGAUACAGCAUACCGGGUGUUGUGGGGUGUGUAGCUAAUACACAUGUCAGAAUUAAAACGCCUGUCAAGGAGAUUAGACAUCUUUAUAAGAAUAAUAAAGGUUUUACCAGUCUAAAUGUUAUGAUGAUCUGUGAUCAUAAUAUGCUUAUAACAUAUUUAGAUGCUAAACAACCGGGUUCCUAUCAAAAUAACUAUGUUUGGGAACAGAGUUCUGCCGACAACUAUUUGAGAACAAAUUAUUUACAGAACAAAAUAAAUACUUGGCUAAUUGGUGAUUCCUCUUAUCAUCUACUGCCCUAUCUUAUGACACCCUAUACAAAUCCUCAAGAUACUUACCACCAUUUAUAUAAUGAAAAACAUCGUGAUAUUAGAAAGACCAUUCAACAUUGUGUCAAAGUUUUGAAAACUCGUUUUAGCUGUUUAAAUACGCCCACCGGUUUACAAUACACUCCCGAGAAAGCUGUGAAAAUUGUAAUAACUUGUUGUAUAUUACAUAAUAUUUGUAUUAGCUAUAACAAUCAGUGGCGACCUUCAGAUAAUAGCCAAAAUGAAGAAGACCAUGAUAGUGUUAAUGAUAAUGAUGUUCAGACAUCCUAUAAUGAAUGUGCAUUAUCCACUUUUAUAAGAGAUGAACUUGCUAGAAAUUUAUAUGGUUUUAAAACAGAUUCAUAUACAUAAUUCAUACUGAAACUUUUGUUUUGUGUAAAUAAAUGAUAAA